AUGAAAUUGUUGUGGAAUAAUUUUGCUUCUAUUGCUCCAUUGCAUGAAUUACCUUGGCUAUUGUUGGGUGAUUUUAAUGAGUUAUUAUCUAGUGGGGACAAGUUGGGAGGUAACCCUCUUAAUCUUAGAAGAGUUCAAUUGUUUAAGGAUUGUCUGGACACUUAUGGUAUGGUGGACUUGGGCUUUCAUGGGCCUCGGUUCACUUGGGUCAAUAAAAGGGAGGAGGGUCACUUCAUUCAAGAAAGGCUGGAUAGAGGGUUUGCUAAUGCUGAGUGGAGAAGUCUGCAUCCAGAGGCGACAAUACACCAUUUGGCCUGCACACACUCUGACCAUUGCCCCGUGCUGCUUAAGUUGGAUGAUCAUGGCCUUUCUAAUUUAUGCAGGCAUUUUCGUUUCCAACCCAUGUGGAUGUCUCACCCCUUGUUCUCGGAAGUUGUAACUGACUCUUGGACUGAAGAUGGUCCCUUGAAAUCGAAUGUGGAAAAGUUCACAGCUGAUGUCAAGAUUUGGAAUAGAGAAGUCUUUGGAGAUAUCUUCCAAAGGAAAAAAAAGAAUAGAGGCUAG